UGAGGGGCAGCACGAUAAAGUGAAGAAAGACUAUCCGCCAAAUAUCGAGCGCAGUCGCACAACAUUUUCGAAGCACAAGAGAUAAGUGAUUAAUAUCGAACAAGACACACAAACUGCCAUGGCUCCUCAAUUCAUCUUCAUUGAGCUUCCCUCGUUCCGCAUAAAGGACAAAAACGGCAAUUCCGUAUCCCUAUCGACCAAGCAUCUAGCUCGCGUGAUAACACUCCUUCAGUACGUGCGCAGCGGCCUCCGGACAAGCGGAGACUACAGUCUCGACCUAGUGACCUCGCUCCUCUUCAGCAACGGGGAGACCGAUCUCUGGCAAUCCGCACACACCGUUCCCCAUGGCCAUCAUGCUGAAGAGAAUCUUCUGCUAGCCUAUUUCCAAAGCUUCGACUCGCCGGGCGCAUAUCCGAUCGUGGACGCUAUGCUUCUCUCCUCGAAGCCGUGUAGCAGUUGCAUGGAUUACUUCUCGCUGAACGGGAAGCACCUCCGCCCCCUGGACGACGGGACGGGCACGGGGACGAUGACAGCUGAGCGGUCGUUCCGCGCCAAGUUCACACCGCGCUCGGACAAGACGUAUACGCCCGUGUUCUAUCUCGCGCGAUCUCUACCCGCGGCUCAGCGGGAGCACGUAUGGAUGCAGCUGCGGGAGAUGUGGACAGGCGGACUGAUGGGCACGGGAGUCGCUCUGGCAUUUUCGCCGGCCGUGCCCAUGGGGGAUAUGUACUACCUCUUUGCCGAUGAGUCGUGGUAUGCACUCAAUGGCCAGGAGAGCAUGAGCGACGCCGAGAUUGCCGAGGCCAUCGCGCGACAGGAGCUCAGUCCCGCGUACUGGAUCGGGCGGUAAAAUCGAUCAACUAAACGCGGGGCAUUGUACGGUUAUUCAGCAACUGCUUCACAUGAUGUCAAAACUACG